CCGGGCACGUGAUGUAGAGUAAGUUCCUGCUGUGGCUUGAGGGAAACAAAUCGACAUUCAGCCACGGGAGAAUCGCCUUUUGCGGCCUGUGGAAGCCCCUUCCCUGAAUAAUGGCCGCACCAAUCUCGGUAUACGACUCAAAUGCCUUGGACACACACAUCUCCAGUACCUCAAGAGAGUCCCUGAAGAUGGAAUUGUUAGCAGAGGUAUGUUUGCUGCCUGGAGAGGACCGAAUUAUAGAUAAAGACAUCAUCUACAUCUGUCCAUUCCGUGGAGCAGUAAAAGGCAAAGUGUUGAUCACCAACUACAGACUCUACUUCAAGAGCUCAGAUACUGACGUGGCAGUGAUGCUGGAUGUUCCUUUGGGUGCCAUAAGUCGGGUGGAGAAAAUGGGUGGGGCAUCAAGCAGAGGCGAAAACUCCUAUGGCCUGGAUAUCACCUGCAAGGACAUGAGGAACUUGAGGUUUGCCCUGAAGCAGGAGGGCCACAGCAGACGAGAUAUUUUUGAGCUCCUCUUCAGACAUGCCUUUCCCCUCUCACAUUGUCUACCUUGGUUUGCAUAUGUGACUCAGGAGAAGUAUGAGGAGAAUGGCUGGAAUGUCUACAAACCCAUAGAAGAGUUUAGACGCCAGGGUUUACCUAAUAACAAGUGGCGUAUUACAUUCAUUAAUAAGAACUAUGAGCUGUGCGACACCUACCCUACUGUACUGACAGUACCCUUUAAAAGUAAAGAGGAGGACCUCAGAAGAGUUGCAGUGUUCAGAUCAAGAGGACGCAUACCGGUUCUAUCAUGGAUCCACAGGGAGAACCAGGCAGUGAUUGUCCGUUGCAGUCAGCCUCUUGUUGGCAUGUCUGGUAAAAGGAACAAAGAUGACGAGCGCUAUCUGGACCUGAUCAGGGAGGCAAACGACACUGCCAAGCUCACGAUAUUUGACGCCAGGCCUAGCGUCAACGCUGUGGCCAACAAGGCCACUGGAGGAGGCUAUGAGGGUGACGAGUACCAAAACGCAGAGCUCAUCUUCUUAGACAUCCAGAAUAUCCAUGUCAUGAGGGAAUCCCUGAAGAAACUCAAAGACAUUGUCUACCCAAAUGUUGAGGAAUCACAUUGGCUAUCCAGUCUAGAGUCUACACACUGGCUAGAACAUCUUAAGCUGGUGUUGUCAGGAGCCAUCCAAGUAGCAGACAAGGUUUCCAGUGGAAACUCAGUGGUGGUUCACUGUAGUGAUGGCUGGGAUAGAACUGCACAGCUCACCUCUUUGGCCAUGCUGAUGCUGGACAGUCACUACCGCACACUCAGAGGAUUACAGGUGCUGAUUGAGAAGGAAUGGAUCAGCUUUGGGCACAAAUUCGCCUCAAGGACAGGUCACGGUGACAAGAACCAUGCAGAUCAGGACAGAUCGCCCAUCUUUGUUCAGUUCAUUGACUGUGUAUGGCAGAUGACUAAACAGUUUCCUACAGCCUUUGAGUUUAAUGAGCGGCUUCUGCUGACAAUCCUGGAUCAUCUCUACAGCUGUCGUUUCGGGACUUUCCUCUACAACUGUGAGAGUGCACGAGACCAGAAUGAGGUGAGGUCAAAGACAGUGUCUCUGUGGUCUCUGGUCAACAGCAAGAUGGACAUUUAUUUAAACCCCUUCUACACCCCUGAGUCUGGCAGGGUCCUCUACCCCGUUGCCAGCAUGCGUCAUCUAGAGCUGUGGGUAACAUACUACAUCCGCUGGAACCCACGCAUACGACAACAGCAUCAGAGUCCUGUGGAGCAGCGCUACAAGGAGCUGUUGUCCCUCAGAGAUGAAUACUUGAAGAAGUUGGAGGAGCUGCAGCUCUCUGACACCUCUCCUUCCUCCCAUUUGGCUAACAGCUCCACCCCCAACACAUCCUCCACCUCCUCCACACCAUCACAGCAGUACACACACCUACAGACUCCUUUCUGAGGGCUGAUGACAAAUAGAAGCAGAUACACCCCCUUCACACUUACACACAGAGUAUAUAUAUAUAUAUAUAUAUAUAUAUAUAUAUAUAUACACACACACAAUAAUUUUUCAUUUAUAAAAAAAAAUCUUUCAGUCAGAUAUCUGUCAAUCUUGCACACAGGCAGGGAUUAAUUAUAUUGCUGUCAUAAAUGUGGAUAACAAAGAUUACUAAUUUGAUUUAGAUUACAUUGUUAACUCUAACACCAUAGUGGUGAUGAUGGGGAUUUAUGCAAAAGGUCACAUUACAGCCUUGUCAAAAGACUUGUCUAUACACUCAUUCAUCAUAAAGUGAAGCCUUAAAGACAUUCAGUCCAAAGGUGUGAACACUCUGGACACACAGUGGUUGUGUAUCAGUGUCCACACAGGCAGCACAGAAAGGCUGAACAUUUUGUAUUUUUCAUCCGCAGUAUAUUCACACAAGUCCUGUUGGUGGUUAUUUUUUAAAUCAGAUCACCACUGACAAUUUCUACUCUAUGGGUUCAAUGGUAAGCCGAGACACAGAACUGUGUGCUGACUGCACUGCUGUUUGAGAGACAGAGGUUUGUCUUUACUUUUGAUUUAACUUCAAGUAAACCUGCUCACAUUUUACAGUUGUCAGGUGUAUGGUUGUUGUCCAUUGAAAGAACUCUUCAACAUUUAAACAGAAAGAAAGUUAACCUGUGUGCCUCCAUUUAAAGAUAUUUCAGGGUUGUAGCUUGGUUUGUGUUAGCCAAUUUAAAAAAGGGCUUGAAAUAGUGGACAGUGCAAAACAAGCCCUGUUGACCGUUAAAUAAAUAAGAAAAUCCAAAUUAUGCCCAAAAGAAGAUACCCAGCAGUUAGCUCCAACUUCAGAACCUCACUGUAUGUCUCUCUGUUGUUGUCCCACCACAAAACACUUGGUGUUCUUUGUGAGCAAAGCAUAUUGCAUAUCAAGAUUUUUCUGAGUGUUGCUCUGACACAUGAGGAAUCAGUUAGAUCAGCUGCAGAGUGUCAGAUUUAGAGGCAGUGGUGUGGAAUUUCCUUUUGUUCGUGUGGAAUUUGCUGAUCAGCUCAUGAGGCUGAAGGCUACAUUCAUGUGUGUUUUGUCACUGCCAUCAGCCAAGCUCAACUAAGCACUAUUUCCCAGCUACUGCCUAUGCUAUGGCUGAGGGUAAAUACAGUUCUAGCAAAUAGUAAUAGUUCUGUUAGAAUUAAUCCAAGAUUUACUCUUAUGAAUGCAGCUUUGAUGUGGUUUGAAAUGUAUAGUAUAGGGAAAUGGAGUUAUGCUUGGCCUCUGAUCUUGUAUCCCCUUCCCCUUACUUAACACAGACCCCAGAUGGGGGCCAGGUUAGGUCCAAGAUAACCUUACCAUGCCUGGAUGUUUGUUGUCAAAUGGGUUUAGUGACAGCAAAAAAGAUACUAAAACUGUUAAAUACGUUUAUGUUGAUGUUUUUUCAUAGCACAUGUGCCUUUUGGACAUGUGGGGCAGUUUAGUUAAAAAAUAAUGACUGGAUUAUAUCAGUGGGUGUAGUUGUUUACAAGUUGUUUGGUUGUCUGACAGCUCAUGUGUCUGGCCUAUAAGACCCCAGGUUAUACCGCUGUGCAGUAGAUUGACAUUGUCAGCAGACGUCAACAUUGAAACUCGUGCAAAAACAUGGUACCACAACAGUUAUAAUGGUGAAAGCUGUAAGACAUUUUAUAAACAUUGAUUUUAUUUGGCAAGUAGUUCAUGUAAUUUUCCAUGAGGAAAUUCUAUGGAGGAUAAUUUCUGGUUAAAAAAAUGGAAAACAAAAUAUUACGAAUUGCAAAAAUAAAUGUUUAUAAUGUGUCAAAGUUUUAGGGUACCACUUUAAAUUUAAGUCAGUUGUGGUUUGUAUUGUCAAGUUCUAAGUCCAAAUUUAGAUUUGUUUCUAUAAGUCAGUUUACUUUUAUCGCAAAAGGAUGAGAUAGUAUUAAGUCACUAUUUUGAAAAUCCUUUAUUCAAAAUCUAAAAUAUUCCAUAUUUAUGUGGUAUUGAUUGAUACUGAGUAUUUUUACUAUCCAUUAUGCUCACAGAACUUAUUUCCCCCUAACUCACAUGGCCUUCCAUAAAAUGUUCCAUUAAAAGAAACAUGAAAACCAUUCUGUCCAAAGAAUCUAAUUCUUAAGAGAGUGAGGAUUUUGCUGCUAACCCAGAAAGUUCUCAUUUUAGUUAGUUUGAAACCAACAUACACAAUAAACUCAGACAUAUGAUUCAUAACAUCUGUCAAAACUGUACUCUGUGUUGUAUCAUUCUGUCUCUCUACAUGGCAACAGAAGUGUUUACUUACUACAGUCAAUUUACAGAGUAUAUGGCGGGUAGACUUCAGUCUCAGGAACUUUAUUUUAACCUGGUCCACAUAGAGGAUUGAGGCUUGCCUACUUAUAGAGCAGGUUUGGUGUGUAUCAUCAUCCAUUAGAGAGAAAUUCUUAUUUUAGUUAUUCCAGCCGUGGGUUCAGUCAUUGAAAACAUAAUAAAAAGCAAUAAAUGAGCAUUUAAAAAGUUGUGGUCUUGGUAGCAGUUAUGACUUAAUUUUGUUGAAAUUAUUUAUUGGUAGAUAAUAUGAAUAUGUACGGAUCACCACUAAAGAUCAAGUAAUCUUGGCACAAUUUGCAACAUUUAUUGAUAGAGUUUGGCAGUUCCAUUCCCACAGGAUUUAAAGAUACCAAGAAAAACCUAUUAGCAUUGGCAAGUUCUCUUUACAAGAAAUGGAGAACUAUUUGUCCAUGCAGAAAAUAUGUUAAAGUGCUCAAUAGAGGUGGAAGGUGUGAGGAGUAGCCGGUUGCAGAAGGUUUUAUGCUUUGUAAAUUAACUUAAGCGAUGGUCUAACCUUUAUCAAAAAUGUAAAUUCCUUUGCAAAAAUCCAGAAGUGACUUCUAAAGAACAAUUUGAAGAAACCUCUAGAGAAGAUAUUGGUGAAUGAGGCUCAAUGUUGUCCAAGCAGUACCAUUACCAUUUCAGGGAAAAUUCAAACCAUCCACUUGCCUGCAUUAUACACUGUAUUGAUGCUUUAGUAAUCUACUGAAAAUUCAGCUGCACAUUUUAUCCCUGAUUUCAAGCUGUUGUUAUUAACACAGUCAACAGAAUUUAAACUCUGUGAUUGGAUAUUUCUUAUUAAAAUGCUCAUUUGGAGUUAAAGUGACCUCCUAUUUGUAUGUUACACAUGACAUAGAAUACAACUUUACUUCUGGAACCUUGGGUACAUUAUACUUCUCUCCAACAUCCUUGAAUUUCAAAUAAGCAGCCUGCAAGAAGACAAAGAGUCAAGCUCAAAAAAGUCAGGUCAGACUCCAAUACAUUCCCCCUCACACACUGUUCCCCUGCCUAGGCCUGCAGCAAAUUGGAAGCAAUGAAGAUGUACUGUAUGUACAGUCUGACAGUUAAAGUGGUGAAUGAGGUUUAACGAGUCGUUUAGGAAAUUGCUUUAGGUCAUGUCCAGAUCUGUGCCUUGAUUCUUGUGUAAAUCACCUUCUGUCUUGUUUGAGCUUGACUGUUGGUCCCAAAGAAAGAUGGCUUUUUAUACUCUAGUAUGGAAGGGGAUAUGAUGUUUCAUGGGUUUGUGCUAGUGUGAAGUGAGAUCCUACUAACUACUGACGGUAAAAGACAACAUAUUAACAGAGAUACAUUUCCCUGUGUUAAAGGAAGCCGAUCUUUAUCCCCUACAGUGUAAUGCAGUAACAGAUCAUAUAAGCAAGAAAAACUCAAAAUUUCCUGAUCUAACUUUGAGGAACCAUGUUGAGUAUACCACGUUUCUUUGUUUCUGAAAUUUCUUAAGAGCCAAUGUCUUUGAUAUCUUUAAAGUGCAUUCUGCAAAAAAACUAAUUUUCAAAGUGUUCUUGGUUGAGUUUUCAAACCUCUACAUUGAAUGGGAUAAUAUUUGUAGUAUUUACUGCAUUGGUGAUGUUGCUAACAAGACAAACCUAUAUAGUCUAUAAGACAACACUGAACAUUGAAAGCAUUGGUAUAAUUGUAAGAUUUUUAUGAAGCCUAUGAAAGAGCAAUGGAGCUUAAGUUUUUCACAAGCCAGUUCUCUGACUCACAUAAAUAAGGGCAACACAAAGAAUUGUACUUACAAGGAGACCAAUACCACCGUUCAACUUGUUCCCAAAGUAACGAUACAACCGAUCCCUAAUCCUUCAAUAUGGACAACAAAAAUGUUAUCUUAGCACAUUUCAAAGCAAUUUAUUGAAAGAGUUUAGCGUCCAUUACCACUGAAUUACAGAGAAAAAGUCUCUUAGCAUGUGCAAGUUUUCUAUGCGUUAAUUAGAGAACAAUUUUUCAGUACAAAAAAUAUGGGCAAGUGCCCAAUAGAGGUCGAAGAAUAAUUUCAGCUUCAUAAAUUAGCUUUUGUGAUAGUCCAACCUCUGUCACAAAUUAAUAUGGCAUUACAAAAACCUAGCACUCUUUGUGCCAUGGAUUGGCAAGCAGGCCAAACCUGUCCACAAUCACCUGGAACAUCUAAAAACAAAAUCAGGGGUGUACUUUUAGCAAACACUCAGGAUAAAGUCAGUCUGGAGAGAUUGGUCUACCUUCAAGUAAGUCAAAUCUCAAACUAGACUUUUCUCAGUUAGAUGGAGUGGGCACAUUGCAUAGAGCAGCUUGUGUUUACUAAAAGGUAAAUUAAUAAAGGUUCUACAAGAGGGAAAAUUAAAAACUUCAUUGACAAAGGGCUGGUUUCACUGAAGCCGUUUGCAAGUAAAACAACAGAGACAACAACAUAAAAUGUGUGUUGGUCAGGUGGUUGGGUUUUUAGAGAAAAACAGAUGAAAAUCUAUUUUUUUUAUGUUUUACUUUGUACACGCACCAUGAUGUAAUUACCUCAAUCAAAACCUAUUUUACUGUCUAAAGUUAUAUUGUUGUAAAAUAUAAUUAUUUUGUGUAGUGUAAAAUCUUACAGUUUUAUAAAAAGUAAUGUUUCAGAAAUGUGUCAUUUAUUGUGGGUUUUUUUUUUUCGGGGGGGGGGGGUAUUUUUUUGUUCGUACUUUCUAACCCAGAAUAGAAAGGAAGAAGCUUGCAUACUGUUCACUUGUCAAACACCUUGUCAUAUUCCUUUCAGUUCUAUGAUGAAACUUUGAUUUGUAGAUACUUUGUAGACACUUAAGGUCUGUGGGAAUUAAUGUAACAAGUAUCACUGUUACAGUGUCACUGUUUAUUUAAUUUUGCCUCUUUGAUUUACAUAGGAGUUGUGUUAUUAUAUUUUUUUCAUAGGAGACGGUUUCUGUCAUAAUAGCAUACUUUUUAAUAAAUACACUUGAAAUGUGUUUCAGGAUCUUUUUGGAAUAAAAAAUCGAAUUUUAUGAAAAAGGUGCAAUAACACAUUUCAAAUGUAAAUAUUUUGACCAUGUGUUGUCCUCUCCACAGUUUAUUGAGUGGCCUCUUAUGUAAAUAAUACUGAUUAAAUUAAUUUAAGUAUUUCUGUC